AUGGGUGAAUUGCCUAUACUCCGUAUCACGAUCUUCAACGACAACAUGGAAAAUCCAUCUGUGGUUUAUUCAACGAAUUACAGCCAUUUUUAUCCUACGGAUUAUAUCCGUUCUGACGCUACGGAUUCUAAAACUUCCAAAUUUAAGGAUUAUAUCACUUCUUGGAUUCCCCAAAUAGAAACACAAUUGCUGAAAACGAUUGGUGAAUGUGAGAAGAAUGAAGCUCAGCAAUGUGAGCUUCAUAAACAUAUAAUUUCGAACCUCCAAAAAGAAGCAGGGCUAAAUCUGAGUAUCUACGCCUAUCGUUCUGCGCAGAAGUGCGGCAUACUAAUCCUCGAGAAUGGCGUCUGUGCCAAAAAAAAUACGACUGCAUAUCAUAUUUUGAAAUAUAUAUGUAGCGACUCUGGAAACUUACCCAUCCAGGAUUUGGAGAAGUUGUGUUCAGAGGAGAGCAUGCAAAGCAUGUGGAAAAAGCUACCGUUAGUAGACUCAAUCGAUUCUCAGCUGAAAGAAAUAUUAGAAACUACGAAGAAGACAAUCAUAGCGUUAGCAGAGCGGAAAGGCAGGAUCUAUGAACUAGAACGUAAAAGUCACUUUUUACGAGAAUCAAGCAAAGGCUUCUAUAGAGAGGUUGGUAUCCGGUAG